GCAACUCUCGUCUUCUUCAAACUUAAAUUUUUCCGAAACCCCAAACACCGUGAGGAUUGCAUGGCCUGAAGAAGCGCUUAAUCGAGAAUUGUGCUGGAAUUCUCAAUUUCCAGAUUUCCCCUCGCGUUUUUUCACACUCUCGGAAUCGGAAAUUGCCACCAAGCUCGUGAAGCGAUAGAUUCUGACCAUCAUACUUUCGCGCAGAGAAUAUGAAGAAAGAUGAAAAGAAUAGUUCGGCGGGGCGAACCAUUUGCACCAGAUCCCUAGCAGCUUCAAUUCCUGCCUCAGCUGAACAAGAAACCCCUGGUUUGAGGAGGUCAAGCCGGGGAGCACCAUCUACGAAUCUAAUAACUCCAGCUUCUGCUACUAGAAAGUCAGAGAGACUGGCUCCCUCACCUGCUUCUGUUGCGAUCAAGUCCGGUGGAAUGGACAAGAAUUACACACCAAGUCCUCUGCGAAGGUCCAAUAGGGGAAAGAAUGUAGUAUCCUUGCAGAAUUCCAAAGGAUCAGAUAAUUCUGGCAGGAACGCAGACACUUCAUCGGAUAUUGAGCAGAGGAAGGAUAAAAGGAAAAACAGUGUUGAGGAGUCGACAAAUAAGAUCAACAAACAGGGGCCUAUAAUGUCAGCCCGAAGUUUCAGGGCGUUGUUUAGAGGGAAGCUCAAGGAAUCCAAGGCAUUAGUUGACGUUUCUCCAAAUGAAGAGGAACUAGUAGUUGUUGGUUGUUCUCGCCGCAUACCUGCAGGCAAUGAUGAUGCUCAAGGUAAAACAGAUUGUCCACCAAAUGCAGGAUCAAAAAGGCUGCCUGUUGGCGAAAGUAGUUUGGAUAAGGGCACUGACUUUCCUUUGAAAUCGAUUACGGACACCGAAAAUAUGGUGCUUGAUGCAUCCCCCAUAGUUGAAACUGGGGAUGACAGUGUUAUAGGUUCUCCAUCGGAGAAUUUACAGACGCAAAAGCUUCAAGAUGGUAACACAGAUUGUCCACCACCUGCAAAUACAGAAUCAAAAAGGCUGUCAGUUGGCGAAACUGGUAUUCCUUUGAAAUCAGUUACGGAGACCGAGAAGAUGGUGCUUGAUGCAUCCCCCAUAGUUGAAAUUGGGGAUGACAGCGUUAUAGAAUCAAAAAAGCUGCCAGUUGGCGAAACUAGUUUAGAGAAGGACACUGAUUUUCCUUUGAAAUCAAUAACGGAGACCGAAAAGAUGGUUCUUUAUGCAUCCCCCAUAGUCGAAACUAGGGAUGACAGCGUUAUAGCUUCACCAUCUGAAAAUUUAGAAACCCAAAAGCCUUUUGUCAGUAAUACUGGUUUAGAAACCGACAUAGGUUUGCCUUUGAAAAGAAAAAGAGACACUGCAGGAAUUGAGCUGGAUGCAUGUGCCACAGUUGCAAAUGGAGAUGACCACGUUAUGAGUUCUGAUGGGGUCAUUCCAUCUCCAUUUGGGUGCAAAAAAGAUAAUCAACCUGAAAUGUGCAACACAUGUAAAAAACGGCAAAAGGUCAAUGGUGAUUUUCAAAAUCUGAGUGUUUGCUCCUGCAUUGCCCAGCCAGUUGAAGAAUCUGAUCACUUGACGCAGGAUAUGAAGGAAACUGGACCAGCUACGAGCAGGGAAUAUGAGGAGAACGGGCAAAUGCAACACGGUAAAUCAAGUGAACCCAAAUUGUAUUCUUCGAUGUAUCCAGAGUAUUGGGUUCCUGUGCAGCUAUCAGACGUACAGCUGGAGCAAUACUGUCGGACUCUCUUCUCCAAAUCCUUAUCUCUUUCUUCACUAUCAAAGAUUGAUCUUGGAGCUCUCGAAGAAACUCUCAAUUCUGUAAGGAAAACCUGUGACCAUCCAUACGUUAUGGAUGCAUCUUUGAAACAACUGCUCACCAAGAAUCUGGAGUUGCAUAAAAUCCUGGAUGUAGAAAUUAAAGCUAGUGGGAAACUUCAGCUCCUUGAUGAAAUGCUUACUCAUAUAAAAAAGAAUGGAUUAAAAGCAGUUGUCUUCUACCAGGCAGCACAAACUCCUGAAGGGCUUCUGCUUGGUAAUAUUCUCGAAGAUUUUGUGGGUCAAAGAUUUGGUCCAAAAUCUUAUGAGCAUGGGAUCUAUUCCUCAAAGAAGAACGCUAUAAACAAUUUCAACAAGGAGAGUCAAUGCUGUGUUCUGCUGUUGGAAACACGUGCUUGCAGUCAAACCAUUAAACUCUUGCGGGCUGAAGUGUUUAUUCUUUUUGGAAGCAGCUUGAAUCCAUCGCAUGAUGUUAAGCACUUAGAGAAGAUAAAAAUCGAGUCAUGUUCUGAAAGAACUAAGAUAUUCCGGUUGUACUCAGUAUGUACAGUUGAAGAAAAAGCCCUGAUUCUGGCUAGGCAAAAUAAGCGGCACCAUAAGGCUGUAGAGAACCUAAGCCGUUCUCUCACGCAUGCACUGCUCAUGUGGGGGGCGUCAUACUUAUUUGAUAGGCUGGAUCAUUUUCACGGCAGUGAAACCACCCAUUCAGGAGUUUCAUUUGAACAAUCUAUUAUGGACGGCGUGAUUCAUGAAUUCUCGUCCAUACUUUCUUCCAAAGGUGGAGAAGAAAAUGAAGUCAAGCUGUGUCUACUUUUGGAAGCCAAGCAUGCUCAGGGAACUUACAGCAGUGAUUCUACUCUAUUUGGUGAAGACCAUAUUAAGUUGUCAGAUGAAGAUAGUCAUAGUCCAAAUAUAUUUUGGACAAAGCUGUUGGGGGGAAAGAAUCCUUUGUGGAAAUACCCUUCGGAUACUCCCCAAAGGAAUCGAAAAAGAGUUCAGUAUUUUGAGGGCUCUGAAGAGAGUCCCAAAAUUGGCGAUGGCGGAAAUGCAAAGAAGCAAAAGAAGGCUUCUGAUGAUGUCACUGAUCCCCCUGUAGAUGAUGAUGAAAGAAAGGCCUCUGGGAAGGAUCACAUAGGGGCUUUGGAGUCACCAAAAGUCAUAGCACUCCAGUCAUCAUGUAAAUCUACUUCUGGUGCAGAUGGUACUCUGGAUGGAAAUGAUGCUUAUGGCUUGUAUUCUAUGGGCGGUCAUAUCUCUGGAAUUCCAGAGGAUAUGUUAGCUGGUCGUGAUUGGAGAAAAAUACCGGGUGAAUCACAGAGGAGGCUCCACGCUGUUUUAAAGCUGAAGAUGGCAAAACUUUGCCAAGUUUUGCAUCUUUCAGAUGCUUGCACAAGCAUGGUCGAAAAUUUUCUUGAAUAUGUUAUUGAAAAUCACCGAAUCUACGAAGAGCCAGCCAGCACAUUGCAGGCAUUCCAGUUAGCCCUGAGUUGGAUUGCAGCCUUGUUGGUAAAGCAAAAUCUUAGCCACAAAGAAUCUCUGGUCCGUGCAAAAUCUGAAUUAGCCUUCGAUUGCUCUAGAGUAGAGGUGGAUUAUAUAUAUUCGAUAUUGUCCUGCAUGAAGAGUCUGUUCCUGGAGCGCACACAAGGGGCUACAGUGCGUGAGGAAAAGAACAAUACGAAGUCGAUGCGUAAUAGUUCAGAGGAUGAAGAAUGCAUUACUGAGAAGAGAUGUAGCCAUUAUAGCACAGCAACAAAAGAUGUCGAAAAGACUAUUAGCGACAUAGAAAAGAAAUGGAAGAAGCAAGUGCAAAAGCUUGUACAAGAGCACGAGGAGAAGAAACUGGAGCUGUUAAAUAUGUAUGCAGACAAGAAGCAGAAACUUGAAACUAGGAAAAAUGUGGAAGCAGCAGUAAUUCGUAUUACCUGUUCACGGACCAGUACUCAAGUGGAUGAUCUCAAACAGCUGGAUCAUAAGUUUGAAAGAAUGUUGGAUGAAAUCAAAAGUGAGAAAAAUGAAUGCCUCAAAAGUCUGGAGCAAAUGCACGAGGCUGCAAAGAAGAAGUUGGCUGAGGAUGAAGCUUGUUGGAUUAAUCGGUUAAAGAGCUGGGCACAAGCUAAUUUAAAAGUUUGUGUUCCCAUUCAAAGUCGCAACAACAUGCAUCUUAGUGGUCUAUGCUCAUCAAACAUUUCCCAAAAUGCUCCUGAUGUACCAAUUUGCAAUGAUAUGAACGUUGAAGGUACUUAUGCUGAUACGAAUUUGCCAGAAGCAGAAAACACAUUAGCAACCAUGUCGGGUGGCAGCACUCAACAAGUUCAUGAAAUGGUGGCUGUAAGAAAUGACAAGACGAUGGAUGUCUCAGAUUUGUCUCAUGGACAGCCUACAAAGAUUAUGGUUACAAAGAGCCAAUCCAAUGAGCACGCUUCUAUCACUGUGCCUGAGAUUUUGGUUCCUGCUGGCUGUCAAGAGGAAUUUGCGGCCUUGAGCGUACAUUUGUCGGAAAACCAGAAUUGUGACAGAAUAACGUCUGCGGGACCAGAUGAAGAUGUUUCGUCAAGGGUGCCAGAGAAUAGGGAAGCUUGUUCUCUUGACCAAGAUAUUCAUGACGAGUUAGUGUUGCCUAUGCCACAUCCUGCGUCUGUGUUAGAGACUAGGAGUGCUGCUGAAUCUGAUCAGGAUGGUCAAGAUAUAUCUCCUAUGCCUUCUUCUCUGGCUGGAAAGCAACCUGACCCAGCAGCAAACACCCAGGGCCAAAAUCUUGAAGCAGCAAUUGAGCUUCAGUCUGCUGGAUCAGAAACAGUAGAGACCACUGAUUUUGCUGCAUCACAUCAGGGUGAUCAAGUUACAUGUCCUUUGCCAUCUUCACCGGCUGGAAAUCAGCCUGCGUCAGAAGCAAACAUUGAAAGCCAAAAUAUCAACACAUCAGCUGAGCCCCAUGUAGCUGGUUCAGAGGCAGUAGAGAGUGGUGAUUAUGCAGUAUCAGAUCAGGAAACAAUGGGUGCUCAGGAUGCAUGCUCUCUGCCAUCUGCAUCGGUUGUAACUCAGUCUGACCUAGGAGCAAACAUUGAGGGCCAAAAUAUCACAACAGUGGCUCAGCUUCCCACAAAUGGAUCAGAUGCGGUAGAAACCGGUGGAUCUCCUGUAUCAGAUCAGUGUGCUCAGGAUGCUUCUCCUAUGGCAUUAUCUUCGCCUGGAAAUCACCCUGAUACAGCAGUUAACAUUGAGGGUUUAAAUAACACAACAAUAGCUGAGCCUCAUAUAAGUGGAUCAGAUGCAUGUGAAAUGGAAAUUGCAGAACCUGGUCCCCGAGUAGAGCGGUCAACCUUUGCAAAUCUUGUCCAUGAAGGUGGCGUGGAGCAUUCAGCUGGUGUAACAGCUCUUGUUCCAUCACAUCUCAACAAUGGUACGGAACAGAGUGCCGUUCUACCUGUUCCUCAAAUACCUUUCCCUGUGUUCAACGACCCGUUUCUGCAUGAACUGGAGAAGUUGCGGAGAGAAUCAGAGAACUCAAAGAAGACUUUUGAAGAAAAAAAAUCAAUCUUGAAGGCUGAACUCGAGAGGAAGAUGGCUGAAGUACAAGCAGAGUUUCAAAGAAAAUUUCAUGAGGUAGAAGCCGAGCAUAACACAAGAACGACAAAGAUAGAGACGGAUAAGAAUCUUGUUAUAAUGAACAAACUGUUGGCGAAUGCGUUCUUGUCCAAAUGUACUGACAAGAAGGUAUCUCCCUCAGCAGCUCCAAGGGGUAGAAUUCAGCAGCUAGCACAGAGAGCAACACAAGUGAGCGCACUGAGAAAUUACAGUGCUUCCGCUCCUCAGCAGCUUCAGGCAUCUUCUUUUCCUGCUCCUGCUCUGGUUCCGGCUCCUCUGCAACUUCAGCAAUCAUCAUUUCCUGCUCCUGGUCCGGCUCCUCUGCAUCCUCAGGCAUCUUCGUUUGCUUCUUCAGUCUCUCGUCCGUCAGCCCUUCCUCUGAAUUCCGCAGUCUGUCCAAUGCCUCAGCCCAGACAGCCUCUCAUAUCCAACAUAGCUCCAACUCCAUCAGUUUCCCCUGCAGCAAAUCCAGUUGCCAGUGCAAGUCUGCGAUCUCCUGCGCCACACCUAAACUCAUAUAGACAAUCCUCUUCAACUCCCGUCGCCACAGCUACUCCAACCUCGUCAGCGCCUCCUCAAGCUUUGACAUAUUCAGCUGUGUCAAUUCAGCAGCAGCAGCAAGAACAACAGCCGCAACAGAGCUUGAGCAGUGGAGGAUUGCGGAGUAACAAUGAUGUGAACUCGGAAAGCAUAGCAAUGGCGAGCCCCAACAACUUGCGAGAAUCGAAAUCGCAUCUGGACUUGAACGAGUGUCUCACUCUUCCCAAAACCCUCGAUCCUUCAUCUCCUUCUCCCAGCGAUGCCUCAAGAUCAUCCGUUGACCCGACCCGACCCGAUUCUUCCUCUUCUCGCCCUGGCUCUACUCCUACCUCUUCUGGCUCCCGUUUCUCUAAGAGCAGGUGCGCGAUUUGCUUGUAUGAGAUUAGAAAGGAAGACGGGAAGGCUAUUUUUACUGCAGAGUGCUCUCAUUCCUUCCAUUUCGAUUGUAUUACCUCCAACGUCAAACAUGGAAACAGGAUUUGCCCUUUAUGCAGAACUCAGUGGAAACAAGUCCCUUUGUGUGAUAUUGACUCUGUCCCUACCUUGCUUGCUCAAAUGGGUUUUGAAGAUGACGAGCCUUUACCUCAAGGUGAGACCCAAACCCAGAGUGGUGGUCAUCGUUCGGAUCAUCAAGCCCUCGAGAUUCAACUGUUCCCUGAAGUCUCUGCACUGGCCAAACCGGUCUCUCGUGGUGAUUUUGCUGUUCUGGUUCAUCUUAAGGCUGAGGGUGUGAGUGACGAUGCUAGGCGAGCUCGAGCUCCUUUGGAUCUUAUUACCGUGCUUGAUGUGAGUGGUAGCAUGGAAGGAAUCAAAAUGGAGCUUAUGAAAAAUGCAAUGGGUUUUGUGAUUCAGAAUCUUGGUGAGACCGAUAGGCUCUCUGUAAUCUCCUUCUCCUCCACGGCUCGCCGACUAUUCCCUCUUAGACUGAUGUCUGAGACAGGGAAGCAAGCGGCGAUGCAGGCUGUUAACUCCUUGGUUGCUGGCGGUGGGACAAACAUUGCAGAGGGGCUCAAGAUUGGUGCUAGAGUGAUUGAGGAUAGACGGUGGAAGAACCCGGUUUCCGGGAUGAUGCUAUUGUCUGAUGGACAGGACAACUUUACUUUUUCUCAUACUGGGGUCCGUCUGAGAACAGAUUACGAGUCUUUGCUUCCCGGUUCUUGCCGUAUUCCAAUUCAUACCUUUGGGUUUGGCUCAGAUCACGAUGCUGAGCUAAUGCACACGAUUUCAGCAGUCUCUAGUGGCACGUUUUCGUUCAUCGAAACAGAGACUGUGAUUCAGGAUGCUUUUGCGCAAUGCAUUGGAGGGCUUCUCAGUGUUGUGAUUCUUGAACAAGUUGUCGAAAUCGAAUGCAUACAUGGGCAGGGCCUGAAAAUAUCCUCUAUAAAAGCAGGAAGCUACAGAAGCCGUAUAGCAUCUGAUGCAAGAACCGCCACAAUCGAUGUUGGAGACAUGUACGCAGAAGAAGAAAGGGACUUCCUUGUGAUUCUUGAAAUUCCGUGCUGCGACAAUGUGUCUGCUGAAUCUGAAUCCUUGUCGUUGCUCAAGGUUAGAUGCGUCUACAAAGAUCCUGUGACGAAAGAGAGAGUCCGUGUGGAAUCUGGAGAACUAAGCAUCCAAAGGCCAAUGAAGCUUACAGGAGAAGAAGUGGUAUCCAUAGAGGUUGACAGGCAAUUAAACAGGUUCCUUGUUUCAGAAGCUAUGUCAGAGGCUAGGGUUUUAGCGGAUGGAGGUGACCUGAGCGCGGCAGUUGGGAUUCUUAGAAACCGUGAGAGGGAAUUGUCGGAGUCACCGUCUGCUCGAUCCAGUGACAGGCUUUGUCAAUCACUGUCCUCCGAGUUGAGUGCGUUGCAAGAAAGGAUGACGAGCAGGAGGAUGUACCGAACGUCAGGGCGAGCUUACGCCUUCUCGAGCAUGAGUUCGCAUUCGGCUCAAAGAGCAACGGCUCGUGGAGACUCGACCCAGGGUUUUAGCUCGGUGCAGGCUUAUCAGACGUCUCCAAUGGCUCGUAUGGUGACUCGGUCUCAGCAACUGGUGCUCGAAAGCCCUACUAAACCGUCCCCUGCUCGUGGAGACCAAAGCUGAAGAGAGAAAUUGACAGAAAGAAUAAUAAAAUGGGUUAUUGUGAUUGCUGGUUUGGUUUUAUUUUGGUUUGGUGAGUGUGAAGAGAGAAAUUGAGUUGGUUCAGUCUGAAACGGGGACAUGGUUUCUACUGGUUCUUCUUAAGCACAAUAUGGGUUAUUUCUGUUUAAGAUUUGUCGCUGUAAUUUGUAGCGUCUUAUUUGGUUUAAUUGCGGAUUUGUAUAAAUUUAUAAUGGAACA